CCAAGUUUCGCCGAUCGAGACAGAAUGCUUAGCUAGCUAGCUAGGAAUCAAUAACUUUUUCACCAAUCUCCCACCACAAGUUAAGAAUAUAAUCUCCGAUCCAGUAAUGGCAACUUCAUAAUUCCCAUUGCCAUCUUUCCUAGCUAAGCUAGCUCCAUGGCAUCAACAAUGGCUGAUGAUAACUACUCCAAGAACUCAUUACUGGUUUCUCUCUACUUGUUCUCUUGUGUUCUUCUCUGCAACUCCUUCUGUGCUGCGGCGGAGGAGCUUUCAUGGGUGGAGAGCAAGGAUACUGAGGAGGAGAUCAGCAUGGUUCAGAGCCCGCUCAAGAACUGCGAUUUCACGGCCGGAAAAUGGGUUUUUGAUGAGUCGUACCCUUUGUAUGACUCCCGGCGUUGCCCUUAUCUCACCACCGCUGUUACUUGUGCCAAGAACGGCCGCCCGGAUUCCGACUACGAGAAGUGGCGCUGGAAACCAAAUGGUUGCACAAUUCCAAGGUUUGAUGCAUUGGAUUUUCUUGGAAAGAUGAGGAAAAAGAGAAUAAUGCUAGUGGGUGACUCUAUAACGAGGAAUCAAUGGGAAUCUCUAGUUUGCUUAGUACAAUCCGUCAUUCCCCGUGCUAAAAAAUCUGUCACUUACAAUGGCCCAACCAUGUCUUUCCAUGCUUUGGAUUAUGAAACAUCAAUUGAGUUCUGCUGGGCACCAUUCUUGGUGGAAUUGAGACAAGGAGUAGAGGACAAGAAAAUACUUCACUUGGAUUUGAUUGAAGAGAAUGCAAAGUACUGGAGAGGAGUGGACGUUCUUGUCUUUGAUUCUGCCCAUUGGUGGACUCACUCUCAAAAGUGGACUUCGUGGGACUAUAUCAUGGAGGGAAGCAACUUCUACAGAUAUAUGAAUCCCAUGGUUGCCUAUGAGAAAGGACUCAUGACAUGGGCUAAAUGGAUAGACUUGAAUCUUGAUCCGAGAGAAACUCGUGUAUUCUUUAGAAGCAUGUCGCCUAGGCAUAACGGGCAGGAUGGGUGGAAAUGCUUCAAUCAAAGAGAACCAUUAGAGCAGUUGAGCCACCCGCAUGUAACAGAGCUAGUGGUGAUACUAAAACAAGUGUUGAGAAAGAUGAGUUUUUCGGUGUACCUACAAGAUAUUACCACCAUGUCUGCUUUGAGAAGGGAUGCACAUCCAUCCAUUUAUAACAAAGUUGUUGGGCCAAGUCAAAAUCAACACAUGAGAGAGUAUGGAUCUGAUUGUAGUCAUUGGUGUCUUCCUGGUGUGCCUGAUAUCUGGAAUGAGAUGUUGAAUGUGUUGCUCUGAUAGUCAUUCAACUUUAAAUGAUGACAAUAUAUGCAAUUUUUAAGAUAACUAGUAUUUGCAUCCGUGCGAUGCACAGAAUGUAUUUGUCAUAAUAUAUUAAGAAU